CCCCACAGAUCGUGACAGAGAGCCUCCGAAAUCACAGACCGCGACAGAAAAAUCCCAAUACCCAUCGCAGACCGUGAUAGAGGAACUAUGGUUCUAAAGCAUUAGAUAAACGGUUAGCUACAAAUGUAUCGAAAGAAAUGGAACAAAACGAUUUCCAUUUAACUAGUAACAAUAGAUUCAUCGUGUUUCACAUUUUUAAUCCCGCAAGGGAUUGCGCUAACAGCUUUUUUAUUUCUAUAAUUCAUUUAUAUUUAGUUUCAUGUUUAUUACAUACUCAAUAUAUUUGCUUAUUUAUUAUCAAUUGACAUGUUUUAGACAUAUAGAAACAGAAUAGAUACAGUCGAACACAUUUCACCAUUGCAUAUAUAAUAAACAGAAUAAGUUAAAAAAUUUAUCCAAUAAUAAUGUUAAGAAAAAAAUAUAGCAAUAAAAAGCCUUCAAAGAAAAAUCCCGAAAUGAUUAGUUCACUCAUUUUAAUAAAUUAUUAAUAUAAUGUUUUAUUAAUUCAUAUUCAAAAUUGGAUGAGGAAAAUAUAAUAAAUCGCAUAGGUUAAUUAUCGGUGUAAACAGAAGAUAGCCUUAACCUCAGCUAUAAAUGUUCGUAUUUUGUGUAAAAAGAUUUAAACCUAUAUGCAGUAUAAAUAGAAACAUUAAUGUUUCUAAUUAGAGUUCGGUGUAGAAAUAGUUGAUUGUCACCAGAUUGUUUUUUAUUACAUUACUGUAUAUGAUAGAGAAGGAAAUUUAUAAGUCAAAGUCGUCCACAGCAAAGAAAAAUAAAGACAAUUUUAUUAUCAAUAUUUUUAAAGUAAUAUGAUAUUUUUCAUUAAGUUUCGUUCUUUACGUACGUUGAAUAAUCUUUUACCAUAUGUUAAAUUAAAUUAA